UGCAGUUAACAUUAACAGUGAUGCUUUUGGUUUUGGUUUCACCAGGUACUGUAUGAGAUGGGGCCUGCUGCCCCUAACUAACAAGCUACGUGAAUCCGCUUGGAAGAAGCUUUACAUUCAGCGUGAUGAAGAAGAUAUGGUUGAACUUGUUAGAAACUGCCCAGCUGAAUUUAAAGAGUACUACAUUCAAAUGCAAGCGGCAAAGAGAAGCCAAGCACCCCUUCCUUCACAGGUGAAGGAUGAUCGAGUAAUUCUUGACAAGACAGUACUGGAUCAAGUGUCUACAUGGAAAAAGAGCAGGGGCCUGACUGACAAGGUCAUAACAGGUCAUGCUUGUUCUGGGGAAACAUGUUCCUACCACCAGAUUGGGGAUGUAUUUGUUUGUGAAGAGACUGGACAUGUUCACGUAUGUGAUGAAAAUUGCAGAGAAGUUCUUUUGGACCCUAACAGUGAAAUUUUGGUAUGCACCAUAUCGGGGCACUGCUUUGAUCGGUUACUCUUACCAGCUGACAUGGAAGGAGAUCCUGAACAGCAACAAGGUGGUAUGGCAGAUGAAGCAGAACCAUUUAUGGGAUCUGGCCGUUUUGCACGAGCUUAUUUAUUGGGAUAUAACUGUGCUGAUGAGAAGGAACUACAAGCGGCUUUGAGGUUCUGCUGAUCCAAAUCUUAUUUUUCUUUUAGGCUGAUAUUUAUUUAAUCAUGUUCCUAAGUGGCACUGUAUACUAAAAAUAUGCCAUAUGUAUGAGUUUGCUGAGCAAGUUAAAGUAAGAAUUAAAAUGUAUUAACAUGGUUUUAGGCAACAGCGAUUGCUUGCAUAGCUUCUGUUUUAUCAAAAUUAGGGAGUGAUCUUCCCGUGCA